AAUGUCAGUGCAGGUUGCAAGAAUGUCUGGGAUGAAAGAACUUGUCAAGGCAAUAAAUUUUGCAUGUGUAAAGCACACUGAUCAAAGGCGCAAAGAUGCUGCUAAAACUCCAUACAUUAACCACCCUGUUGGUGUGAUGCACAUUCUGUGUGAGGAAGCAGGGAUUACUGAUAUUCCCACACUCAUGGCAGCCGUUCUACAUGACACAGUUGAAGAUACUGACACAUCAACACAAGAAAUACUGGAAGCAUUUGGAGAGGAAGUAGCUGGUAUAGUGAAGGAGGUGACUGAUGACAAGAAUCUACCUAAAGCAGAGCGGAAGAGGUUACAAGUAGUCAAUGCUCCCCAUAAGAGUGAGAAAGCUAAGCUGGUCAAGCUCGCUGAUAAAUUGUACAACCUGAGAGACCUCAGCAAGGAAACACCUCAAGGGUGGACUGAGGAACGAGUUAAGGAUUAUCGACUCUGGGCAAGCAAAGUUUGUACAGGUCUGGUGGGGACUAAUUCAAUGUUGGAGGGUAAUUUACAGGCAGAAUUGGCUUCCCAUGGAGUCAAAUUUCCAUGUCCUGAAAAGUAGGGCAGUUUGAGCACAAUUUGAGGUGUUUUUUCUUCUCAUUACCAUUUUCAUUUCGUCACAUGCAUUGGUAAAGCUAUUCACUGACAUUUUAUUUGAUGUUAUGCUAUUUUACAUGUUACUCUAUUCUAUAAAUCAGAUAUCACAUUGUAUUUAUGGACAUUUUAUAGUGUAUUAUAUUAAC